UCAAACCUCUGCCUGGUUAGUGCUUUUUUAUUUCCGGAAAUAUAAAGAAUAGAAAACAAUUGUCCUUGCUUUGAACCUCGAUGCAUUGAACACAUUUUAAAUGUGUUACUUAAAAACUGUAGAUGGCAGUAACGGCAAAAAAAAAAAAAAAAAAUCGAUGAAAAUGGCACGAAGAAGAAGUUUUACCGGAAGUAUGAGAAGCGGGAGAUUGGAAGACGUAAACAAACUUUGUCGGCGUGAAGUUGAGCUUUUCACUGAACAUUUGCCAAAAUGUUGAAGAAGGCGACCAAAUUGAAAUCUAUAAUUAAAACGAAAACGAAGAGUAACAUAAAUAUGAGGCCGACGUCAGAGGCAAUGAUCGAACUUCUAACGCUGGUGUUUUUAAGCAGCCUGGCUGAGGAGGCGAAGGCCAAAGCUUUUGAAGAGAAAUCUGCAACGAUCCGAGCUCAACAUCUCAGAGCAGUCUCCAAGAAAAUGCUGAAAAAAGCAAGGGGGUGAAGACAGAAGUGCGACAUCGUCAUUUUUUUAACAUUAUCAUGAAUGACAGCAGCAACAUUUUUUUUAAAUUUUUUUUUUUUUAAUAUAUAUAAUUUGUUUUCUUCAGGAACUUCCUUUUUGUGUUUUUUAUUCUAUCCCUUGUGUAUCUGUUUUCCUGUCAUAAGGGUUUUAUGUCUUUUUUUUUUUUUAUUAAAGUCUUGUGAAUCUUGUAAUAGCUCAUAUUGUCGACCUUUUAGUCCCAAAACUUACCAUGCUAAACACAACAGCUUGCUCAUAUUAUUCAUAUCAUGACUGCUGCGGCCUUUAGGUUUAACCGUCACAUUAGAACGUGUUCAAAUCAUACAAUAAAGGUAUAAUGUACAAGCAAUAGCAUAGUGUAUUAAGCUUUGAUCUCAAACUUGUGGACAGCUCGGAGUACGCUAGUGCUUCCAGACACUUCGGGCCCCGUCUCCCUCUCCUAUCAUCCGUCAUGGUCAGUGUUUCAAGCUGCAUGCUUCACAGCUUCUUCACUGAGCGUGGGGCUCAGCCUCCUCCCAAAUUCCUCACUUCUUCACGCUACAUAGAUUAUCCGCGUGCUGAGAUGCUAUCCUGCUCAUACCUUAUCACUGCAGGGUCCCUCACAGGUCAAAGUUAGAAGGUUAAAUUGCUCGAUUGUACCGUAUCUGUUACGUUUUUAUUGAAAACUAUAUAACUGCAUUUUCUGCUCAAGCAGAGCCUUGAUUGCAGGUGGUGACCUAAAAAAUGUUUUUGGUUUGCAGUACAGUGGACUGUUUAAGCAUCAGUCUUAGUUCAAGAUUUAUCUUUUUUAUAGUGUCUUGGCCAGUAUAAAAACGGUAGAUCAAGGGAUUUUUAAUACACAAAUGCAAGGUACAACUUCAGUGCAUGCAUUUGUGUAAAUUUGUCACUAUUAUUCACCUGGCUCUUUCGCUCCUUUGCUUGCUGUCCUCCAUCUUUAUCAUAUUUGCUUCCCCCCCCCCCCCCCUCCCCUCUUUUUUGUUGGCAGUUAAGACAUUCCUUUGCCUCCAACAGUUAUUUUCUUUAAGAAUCUGAUCUCGCACCCCCGUGAGCGUAGCCUUGUCAUGUUUAUGUUCCCAGUCAGUUUGUGGAGGUGUUACUGCGUUUGUGGAGCCCCACCCUUCCAACCUUUAAACCCCUGGCACCUGACCUGCUGUUCUCUUCUUGGUUCUUAUAUUCUCAUGACAGAGCCCUCUAACGUUUGCAUACAUUUUUUACUGAAUGCACAUUAAUGGAUGAUGUUUCUCUGUAGCAGCGGGCUGCACAUGCAGAGGAUCCUCUGAGGUGUUAUUAUAUCGUCCUCCCUGGGUUUGCUCUUGUACCUGAGGGAUUUGAGAAACACUUUUCUUUCCUCUAUCAAAAUAAAGAAGUAGUCAGGCCUCGCCUGUUCGCCUGUGUCUUUGUGUUUAAGCACCUGUUGACAAUUUAACCCAGACAGCGUAGAACUGUCCAGCUCCUCUGUUUGGCAGUGUGUAACCUUUAGCUCUGGUGCUCUCAGAUAAAUCAUCUGCAGUGUAAAUCCCCACUGCAAAGCUCCUGCUGAUUCCUCUUUUAACAUUUUUCCAGACAAGCCCAAGAAAGCACGGCAGUCCAUUUUGGCACAGAUGUUAUUAUGAUAACUUGCUGUUCCUUUCUUAAUAAGGAGCAUAUGGUUUCAAGUGUCUCACUAUGUCUGUUUAUGUCUUUGCCCCGAGGAGGCAUACAAUUAUUUUAGUCUAACAACAAUAUGACAAAACAAUUUUGAAAUAAACAAAAGCAACAUACCCAGGUUUUGAUUCUAUAAGAUUUGACAGGCUCUGAAAGGAUUGUGUGAUGAAGCAAAGAAUCACAAAUUGCAGAGGGGAACCAAUUCCAGGAAGGGGAAAACUGGAGAGUUCAAAUCUGUUUUGAGAACCACAGAGUUCCCAAAACAGGCGAUAAUACACACUGGGAUGCCAAACAACAAAUUCAGUUUACAGCUUUUAUCGCCUUCCAGAGUUUUUGUGGGAAUCGCAGAUCCUCUCUGACACCUCCAGCUCUCUAGUUUUUAUUUCUCAUUGGAAGGUAGCCAGUAUACUCUGUGUCUGUGGUUUUCAUUCCCAGAAUUCAGCCUUCAUGGAGAACAUGAAGUGCCCAAUCGUGGAACUACAUCUAAAAAGCGUGGGCACAUGGCAACUGCAGCUUUUCUGCAGUGGAUGCUUUUGUUUUCUUUUGUCUAUUCCAUAAAUGUGACUUUGAAAAGCUGGUGUUGAUCUUGUGAUGACACGCUUAAAAAACAUUAAUGCUUUGUUUUAAAUGGAACCAAAAGAGGAGAUAUUUUGUUAUGGUCACAGCCUCCCUCUAAUUGCUAUUCGGCUGAGCAGAUAGUGUAUAAUUUAAAGAUGAGAGUAUAAGAGAGGUUUGUGUACGUGUUUUGUUACACUCGCCUCUAAACAAGCUCCACCCUCGUGCAAGAUCGAAAGCAGUAAUGCUUUGGUACAUUGUGUAUGGCACAGAAAAGUCAUUUGAUACAAAUUGUAUCAAUCAGCUCAAAUAAUAAUAUAUCUGUCAAAUGUUUUAUUGGUCGAAAUGUCAAUGGACUUGAAUGAAAAAUCAUUUACAUUGUUGAAACAUUUUUUUUUUAAAACUACAUCUUUUUCUUCCUCAAUAAAAAAUUAACUACUGGACACAACUACUUCUUUGAAAAGUCAAGUAUCAGUAUGGGCUCUCAAGUUUCUACAUCACACUUGUGUAAGUUGCUUCUUAUUGGAUCACCGUUGACUUCCAGUUGUGAUGUCACAAAGUGAUGCUUGUACAUGUACACGUCUUAUCUUAGAUUUAAAGUGAGCACAGAUAAACUUUCCUCCUUCCGCAGCUGAAUCUGAAAACAGCAUUUUGGUGUCAAACUCUGCAAAGUGAAUGUCAAAAAUCAGAGAGAAGUAAUAAUAAGCAGAACACAUUUUUGAGUGGAAGGGGACUUGAAAAGACACCAAAUUGUAAGCUUUAGUGUAAAUUUUGAGUGAACCGAUGAGGAUGAAGCUCCCCAAUAAUUUAAAGUUAUUAUUACACCGUUUGAUGUGAUAAUGGCUCAGUAGGAGGGUCGGGAAGGACGGGUAACACAGGAGAGGAGAUUGGGAGUGUGUGUGGGGGAAACGGCAGAGACAAGCCCACAGCAGCUUACCCAAACUUAAAUCUGGGUUGCGACUAUUCUAUGAUGGUUUCUCUUCUGUUUGCAUUCUUCAUGGCAUUCAGCCGGCUUGAGUGAUCUCAUGGAAUGCACAUGGGAUUUUUCUUCAUGAAAACAUUAAGCCAAACUCUGCACUCGACCGCUCUCUCACCCAGACUGGAGUCUCUACGUUGGUCCAUUUGAAUGAACUGUAUCGGAUUUUUUAUUUUUAUUUAUUUUUUUAAAUGUACAUCAUGGGAUUUGGGAUGUGAUGCAAGGCGUCUUCGCUGACUGGAUCGAUGCCGUACUGAAGGUGAAGGACAAUGUGGAUACCAUUGUUAAUUUGGAUUCUGCACUUCAUGAAUCUUACAAAAGGCCUAGAAAACACAAGACGUAGCUCCUCUGUUAGCAGACUCUGUCCAGCAGGUUGUGCGACAUGCUCUGCUCUGAAUGGGUGUCUCUCCUGCAUCCCUCGCCUGUUCUUCCACUUGGAGCUGGACGGGAUGCGGCAGAGGGGCGCCUGUCUGUCCUCCUGUCCCCGGGGUCACUAUGGCAUGCGUUCUCCACACAUUAGCACCUGCACCAGGUGCAAGGUGGACUGCGCUUCCUGUUUCAGUGAAAAUUUCUGCACACAUUGUCACCCGGGUCACUUCCUGUUCCAGGGCAAAUGUGCAAACAGCUGUCCAUAUGGGUUGACGGCAAACACAGUACUGCGAGAAUGCACAGUGUGUUCUACAGGCUGUGAGGUGUGUGUGAGGAGGAACAUGUGUGUGAGGUGUAGAGCAGACCUCUACUUUCUCCACGGUCAGUGCCAUCUCACCUGCCCGACGGAAUUUAAGCCUGAUGUGCGGCUUAUGCAAUGCAUCCCCAAAGUGCACUGUGAGGUUGGGGAAUGGACAGGUUGGGGUCCAUGUGUUCAGAAAAGGAGCAUGCGGGCCUACAGGAGGGGACAGGAGACACGUAACCGACAACUUCUGCGGUCUCCAAGUGACGACGGUGACCCCUGCCCACAUGUGUCAGAAAUCAGGAAGUGUGUCAUCAAAAUGAGACCAAAGAGUCCAAGUAGGUUGUAAUAAGUUAAAAGAGAGCCCAUUAGAUUGAAUAUUUGUUGAUAUUGCAGAGAUAUUCAACGUGCACCUUUUGAAAUUUGCUGGUUAAACUAUUGUAAAUUGAAAACUAUUGUAAAUUGUUAAGAUGUAUUCAUCUGUUUUUUAUGCAAUCCAACAGAAACAAAUAAAUAAAAAGGGAUGGAUGGAUAUUAUGAUCUUUUAUAAAAUUCUUGUGUACCUAUAAAUUCAACACCUUUUCUGCAUCACUUGGGUUUAUCUGGACUUUAGCUGAAUCGGAGACAUUUCCUAUGAAUAGCAGCCCUGUGCUAGAUUGAUGCCACUUGUGGCCAACCAUGCUAAAAUGACUUGGUGAUUGCCUAACUCAACUGUGAUUAGUGUCUUUUGAGGACACUUAAUGAUGGCUGAAUUCCAUUUAGCUGCUUUGGUUUCAGGGUUCUGGUAUUGUGCAUGCUGGCUCACUGUCAAACUGUCAUGGCUUAUCUGGGACACAUAUUUAUAUA